CGUCCCCCGUCCGGGGCCGUUACAGCAUUAUUGCAGCGCAAUUGCAGCAUCGGACUCUCCGACCCAUUGAUCGUGCUUCCGUACUUCAGCUCCGUGCUUCGCGCACGCUUAUCCCUUCAACAACUCGCCCUGAUCCGGUCCCCUAGAUUUGCAGCCCCGCAGCCAGCAGGCAGCACUUAGAUGGGCUUCCUCGAGAUCCGCGCACCGACGUCAUUGCGGUUGGCCAUGUCGGCCGCUGGCGAACAAUGGGACCCAACAUCCAUGACAACGCCCUCGCCGUUCGUCGUCUUCAAGAAGAAGCAGCCGCACGAGUCGCACCCGACGAUUGACAACCUGGUCCUCCUCGUCUUCGGCGCCGUGCUGGAGGUCGUCUGCGUCAGCUUGCCGGGCUACAUCAUCGCGCGCAUGGGCCAUUUUGAUGCCGACAAGCAGAAGUUCCUCGCAAACCUCAAUGUCAUGCUAUUUACCCCGUGUUUGAGUGAGUCCUUGGCCUUCCCCCCCAGGAUCGUCAAUUGCUAUGUCAAAGCUGACAAUCAAUCGGUCACAGUCUUCACCAAGCUCGCAUCGCAGUUGAACGCUGACAAGCUGGUCGAGCUUGGCGUCAUCCCCAUCAUCUUCGUCAUCCAGACGUUCGUGUCCUACGUUGUCUCCCGGAUCGUGGCACGAUGCUUCGGCUUCAACCGGCGAGCUUCCAACUUCGUCACCGCCAUGGGCGUGUUCGGCAAUUCCAACUCGCUGCCCAUCUCGCUGGUUAUCUCACUCUCGCAGACACUCAAGGGGCUGCAUUGGGACAGGAUACCAGGCGACAACGACGAGGAGGUUGCCGCGCGCGGCAUCCUGUAUCUGCUGGUCUUCCAACAGCUCGGCCAGCUGGUCAGGUGGAGCUGGGGAUACCAUGUGCUCCUGGCGCCAAAACACAAAUACGAAGAGUACGCCAACGAGACGCUCGAGGAGGGCCGUUACGACAGUGAAGAGGAGCCUGAAGAGGGAAGGGAGACCGCGGGGUUGCUUGAAGGAGUCGGCAUCCUCGAGGGGUCUGACGACGAGCGCGCGUCCCACCGCCCGUCAAGCCCGACGCACACGGACGAUUCGCAGGCCUAUGAGCCCGGCGGCCCGACCCCUGUGGGAGGGUCGUCUGGAGGAUCGCCGCAUGACUCGGACGAUGAGGAGCACGCCGGGAUAUGGAAGGGCAACCGGAAGUCGUACGCGAGCGGCCUUGGGCCGGACGACGGCGACGACCUCGACAGGAUCCUGUCGUUCCCGCGCAUCCGCAGCAUCGACGAAUUCGAAACGCCCGGAGGCAUCAAGGGCGUCCCCGUGCGGCUGCGGCGGUUCAUGAGAAAGACGGCGCUCAAGGCUUGGAACCGCAUGCGGGCAACCGGCCGGCGCGCAUAUGGCGCGCUCCCGCAGCCCAUGCAGGUCGCGCUGGCCAAGUUGUUCCGCGUCUGGCAGCGCGUGUACAAGUUCCUCUGGGACUUCAUGAACCCGCCACUGUGGGCGAUGCUGAUCGCGGUGCUGGUGGCCUCGGUGCCGGACCUGCAGGCGCUCUUCUUCCGCGAGGGCUCCUUCAUCAAGACGUCGGUCACGAGCGCCAUCAGCUCGUCGGCCGGCGUGGCGGUGCCGCUCAUCCUCGUGGUCCUCGGCGCCAACCUGGCGCGCAACACGCAGGUGCGCGAGGACGAGACCGACCCGGAGGAGAAGCAGAUCGGCACCCGCCUGCUGGUCGCCAGCCUCGUCGCCCGCAUGCUGCUGCCGACGCUCGUCAUGGCCCCCAUCCUCGCCCUCUUCGCCAAGUACGUGCCCGUCAGCAUCCUCGACGACCCCAUCUUCGUCAUCGUCUGCUUCCUCCUCGCCGGCGCCCCCAGCGCGCUGCAGCUGGCGCAGAUCUGCCAGAUCAACAAUGUGUACGAGACCGUCAUGGGCAAGAUCCUAUUCCAGAGCCGUGAUAGGAUCUUGCCGUCGACGCUUAUUCUAGUACUGUGUGCGUUGGAAGUGGUCGAGUGGGCAAAGUAAGGUUGGCUCUACGCCGGCGCUGAAUGACUCUAUUCUUUUCCUUUCGUCGUUGAAUUGGUGGGUGACUUCAAGGAGUAUUUACCUGGGAAGUGAGUGCAUCGGCGGGGGCGUUUGUGAGUUUGGGGUUUGCAUUCUGCUUUGAUUCAGCAGGUCAUGAGACCCGCUAGAUGGGGCGGCGGCCUCGGCUGUACUCGGUAAAGGCAUGGGUUGGGUACGGGCAGGGACCGGAGAAAAUCAGGGAUACCUAGAUCUGGCGCUUUAAAAGGGGCAG